AGAGAACAGUCCCUACACAUGCCCCAGGACACAAGUGUAAGCUGGAAGAGGGCAGUGUCGCCAUGGCAAACCCUGAAGCAGGGCAAAGAGGAAAUGUGUGUGUGAGGAGAGUGGGCUUGGGAUGCCAUUUUAUAUAGGGCAGAAAUGUUCUCAUUGAAAAGGCACCAAGAAAUGAAAGCCUAAAAGAGGGGAAAAUGGGAACCAGGCAGGUUUCUGGGGGAAGAGGAUUCUAGGCAAAAGGGACAGCCAGUGCAAAUGUCCUGGGGUGAGUAGAAACAAAGAGGCCAGUGGGGUUAGAGUGGGCUGAGCGAGAGGAGGUGAGAUUGGAGAGAGACAGGAAAGUUCACGUAGGGAUUUGUGGGCUGUGGUUGAGAACACUGGCUUUUACCUGGAGCAGGGUGUAGCAAGCAGAUGCUUCCAGGAAGGUCCUAAUGUGAUAGGCAUAUGGGCGGUGGGGAGGACAGGGAAGAGGUUGCUGUCAUAGUCCAGGUGGAAGAGGAUGAAGGAUGGACCAGGACGGGGGCCUGGAGUUGGGCAUGAGGGAUGAAAUUCUGGAAAUGUUUUGAAUGUAGCGCAGGCCACAGCCAGCCAGGUGUGACAGCCAAACCAGGGUACUGGAGCCAGGAAGGCCUGAGCCCUGAGAUAGCUCCUGGAGGCCUUUCUUGGGGAGGGGUCCAUUGGCAGAUGUAUCCCCUCAACACUGCUAAAGCCAUGUAGCAUGGUGAUUAAAAGCCCAGACUCUACUGCCAGGCCACCUAAAUUCAAGUCAGCUCCAUCACCUACUUGCUGUGUGCCCUUGGGCAAGUGGCCUAACCUUUCUGGGCACGGUAAGUGCUCUGGGAGCACUACGGGAUCAAGCUGAUGAUAAUGAUUAUAGGAGUCUCUACAAAAUCAUGCCUCUAAGACAUCCCUUGUCUAGGAAGAGCAUGGAGAAGAGGUCAAGUCUGAUAUGUCUGAGAGAAGAACACCCAUCACUACCACACACCUAGCUCCUGUCCUAACUGGUCUGGUUUGGACGCCUGCGGAAAGGCGCCAUCACAGCGGGAUAGGCAAAGGAGAACUGUGCGCGUUUUCCCAUCCCUCUCUCUACCCUGGCCCUGCUUCAUCUCUCUCCUUCCAUCUCCAUCUCUCACAUCCUUCUCCGUAGCCAUUUCUUCUCCCCAUCCUGGGUGUCUAUACCCUUCCCACCGCUGCCUCCAGCCUUUUUAUCAAUGCAAACAGCCUCUCAGCGUCUCCGCCCCCGCGCCUCGGUUGAGGGUGACACAGCGCAUGCGCCGUCGGCGCCCCUCCCUCUCCACCCCCAUCCCCAGUCGGCGUCUGGGCCUCGUCCCCUUCUCUGUCUCCUUCGCCCCAUCACUUCCCCCGACACUGACACCCCGUUGCGCCAGUUUCCCCGGUUUAAGCUUUGGUCUCCAGCCGCAUCCACCCGAGGAUUUGCCUGAAGGCCACCCCCAACUCUUCAUCUGCCCCCUGAGGGUCACCAAGGACCAUGACUAAGACAGAUCCAGCCCCAAUGGCCCCACCGCUCAGGGCGGAGGAAGAAGAAGAGGAGGAAGAAGAUGAGCCUGUCCAGGAGCCCCCCAGCCCCACCCAGGAGCGCCGGCAAAAGCCUGUUGUGCACCCCUCGGCACCUGCCCCCCUCCCCAAGGACUACGCCUUCACCUUCUUCGACCCCAACGACCCUGCCUGCCAGGAGAUUCUGUUUGACCCACAGACCACCAUCCCGGAGCUGUUUGCCAUUGUGCGCCAGUGGGUACCACAGGUCCAGCACAAGAUCGAUGUCAUUGGCAAUGAGAUUCUGCGGCGAGGCUGCCAUGUGAAUGAUCGCGAUGGGCUGACCGACAUGACACUGCUCCAUUAUGCGUGCAAGGCUGGGGCCCACGGAGUUGGGGACCCCGCGGCAGCUGUGCGCCUCUCGCAGCAGCUGCUGGCACUGGGUGCCGAUGUGACCCUGCGCAGCCGCUGGACCAACAUGAACGCGCUUCACUACGCGGCCUAUUUCGAUGUGCCCGACCUUGUGCGCGUGCUGCUGAAGGGCGCACGGCCUCGAGUGGUGAACUCCACGUGCAGUGACUUCAACCACGGCUCAGCCCUGCACAUCGCGGCCUCCAACCUGUGCCUGGGCGCUGCCAAGUGUCUGCUGGAGCACGGUGCCAACCCAGCACUUCGGAACCGAAAGGGACAGGUGCCAGCGGAGGUGGUCCCAGACCCCAUGGACAUGUCCCUGGACAAGGCAGAGGCGGCGCUGGUGGCCAAGGAGCUGAGGACGCUACUGGAGGAGGCUGUGCCGCUCUCCUGUGCCCUCCCCAAGGUCACACUACCCAACUAUGACAACGUCCCAGGCAAUCUCAUGCUCAGCGCCCUGGGCCUGCGCCUGGGAGACCGUGUGCUGCUGGAUGGCCAGAAGACGGGCACGCUGCGGUUCUGCGGGACCACAGAGUUCGCCAGCGGCCAGUGGGUGGGCGUGGAGCUGGAUGAACCUGAGGGCAAGAAUGAUGGCAGUGUUGGGGGUGUCCGGUACUUCAUCUGUCCUCCAAAGCAGGGUCUCUUUGCCUCCGUGUCCAAGAUCUCCAAGGCAGUGGAUGCACCCCCCUCAUCUGUCACCUCCACACCUCGGACUCCCCGGAUGGACUUCUCUCGUGUCACUGGCAAAGGCCGCAGGGAACACAAAGGCAAGAAGAAGCCCACGUCAUCCCCAUCUGCAGGCAGCCUGCAGCAGCGCGAAGGAGCCAAGGCUGAGGUUGGAGACCAAGUCCUCGUCGCAGGCCAGAAGCAAGGGAUUGUGCGCUUCUACGGGAAGACAGACUUUGCCCCAGGCUACUGGUAUGGCAUUGAGCUAGACCAGCCCACUGGCAAGCACGAUGGCUCCAUCUUCGGUGUCCGGUACUUCACCUGCCCCCCGAAGCAUGGAGUCUUUGCACCAGCAUCUCGAAUUCAGAGGAUUGGUGGAUCCACUGACCCCCCUGGGGACAAUGUUGGAGCCAAAAAAGUACAUCAAGUGACAAUGACGCAGCCCAAACGCAACUUCACAACAGUACGGACCCCAAAGGACAUCGCAUCAGAGAACUCUAUCUCCAGGUUGCUCUUCUGCUGCUGGUUUCCCUGGAUGCUGAGGGCGGAGAUGCAGUCUUAGAGGCACUGGACAUCCGAUGACGAGACACAGAGGCCCCUCUAGCGUCUCCUGACACAGGGAGCCCCUGAGUUACCCUGAGAUAGAGAUUCCCAGUAACACAUCCAGAAUAGAGACCCCCGUUAGCCAGCCCUCGAUCACUGAGGCCCCAUUAUUAACAGAUGUCCCCCAUUGAUAACCCCCCAAGUACAGACCCUGUGUUACCCAGAAAGAGAUUCCCUGAGUGUAGCCCCUUCAGGCUAGUCCUCAUCCUCAAUCUCUCAGAGCAGACCCCCAAUAACAGAUUUCCACAUCACCCCAAAUGACAGUGACUUUCUCUACAUAAUGCUCCACACCAGAACAUUCCUGAGUCACUCGUCACUGGAUCAGAACCCUUCCCUGCUAACAAAGACCCCUCCCAUCAAGUCCCCUUGAAAGAAACACCUCCGGAGCAACAGAGUAACAGCCGUACACUUAAUAUCAGUACCCUCAAGAUGUUGGGACCCCCCCGAUCACCCCAACAAUCCUUACACUGCAAUCAGAGACUCCCUCCAUUAACAAAAACCCGCUCUUAUCCCUCAAGAAGAGACCCACAUUACCCAGCCCACUCUCACCCCCCAAUUUACAGACACCAAAACAGUCCUGGAAGUGCUAAUUACAGGACCCCCAAGUCUUCCUAUCCUCUGCACCCUCAAGAAACCCCCAGUGCCUUGUAUGAAGCCCACCCCAUGCGGCCCACAGCACCUGUGCUGGCCAGACUCCCAGAAAAUUCUCUAUUUUUAAAGUAAUUAUUUCCCCCUUUGGGGGACCCCAAAAUUUGGAGGCCCCAUUCUGGGACUCUGAGGAUCCCAAACCCCAGAGUACAUGUCCCAAACUCCCCUGUGCCCCCAAGUCCUACAACCCCUAGGAGACCCCAAAGCCCUAACUCACAGGACCCCCAAAUCAUGGAUCCUGCAAAUCCCCAGGGAAUCCCAAAUUUAAAAGUCCAAUCCCAAGCUCCCAGGAAACCCCAAUCACGGAGGUGCUUGCGCCUGGAAUGGAGGAGACUGUAGUUCAGGAUAUGCAUCCUGGGCUCCCAGGGCACCUCAGGCCCUAUUCAUAGGCACCAGGAGACCCCCAAAGAAAUUCCCAUUCCUGGAAACCAGAGAACUUUCAAUGCCCUGAGUCUGGGGACCUCAGAACACCUAAAUUCCAAGAGCCCCAGCCCCAAAGGAACCCCAAGUCCUCAAGAAUGAAGGGUGCCAGGGCCUUGAGGGGAUCCCAAAUCCUGGAACCCCCAUUUCAAUCUACAUUAAGGUCACAGGUCCAAAACACCAAGUAUUUGUUACUGGCCCGGAAGGACCUCACAGCAUUCUGGCCAGACCAACAGCCGGACGGAGACCCUGAAGGCCCAGGGGGUCCAGGGCAGACCCGGGGCCCUGAACACCAAGGACAGCUCACGACUGCCCCUUCACUGCAUGUCCCCACCGCAUGACCCCUAACCCCUUCAAUAAAGACGUUUCUAUGGC